GUGACUCUGAGAGGAAUAACGUGAGGAAUAUCUGGAGCAGGAAUAAAGCAGCACUGAGGAAUAUUCGCGUUUGAUUUGAUCCGUCAUGAGUUUAUAAAACAUCUUCCGAACAGCAGGAAUCAUGGAGAGACUCUCAGCGCUGCUGCUGCUGCUCAUCACAGUCUCAGGGUUUCAUCAUCAUCAUCAUCAUCAACCUCAUCCUCAUCACCAUCAUGAAUCAUUCGUUUGGGCGGAGCUUCAGAGUUGGCCUUCAUCAAAGAACCCAGUGAUGUCAUCGCAGUGAGGGACCGCCCCCUCAUGCUGGACUGCCAGGUAGAGGGGGAGGGGCCUAUCACCAUCACCUGGAGGCGGAACGGCGUUCCCGUUCCUCUGGGAGCCAGAGCGGCCGUACUAGAUAACGGGACGCUCCUGAUCCGGAACUUCCAGAAACGGCGCGACGGUGACGAGAGCGACGCGGGCGAGUACGACUGCGCGGCGCAGAACCGAUACGGGCUGCUCAUCAGCCGCAAAGCACACGUGCAGCUGGCCUCACUGCCUAAGUUUCACACGCACCCAGAAUCCAUGAGCGUGGAUGAGGGCGGCGUCGCUCGAUUUCACUGCGCCGUCAGCGGCGUCCCAGAGGCCAACAUCACUUGGGAAAGAAACAGAACGGCUCUCAACGCAGAUGAUAACAGGUACACUCUUCUGCCCAACGGUAUCCUGCACAUCACAGGCGUGCGUCAGGCUGACAGCGGCAUCUACCGAUGCGUGGCUAAAAACAUCGCAAACACUCGCUACAGUCACGAGGCCCAGCUGUCAGUCACAGUGGCAGCUAAUCGUCUCUAUAAGGAGCCGGUGAUUCUCUCUGGGCCACAGAAUCUCACUCUGAACGUCCACCAAACCGCUAUUCUGGAGUGCAUCGCCACCGGAAACCCACGGCCCAUUGUGUCCUGGAGCAGACUGGACGGUCGCUCCAUCGGUGUGGAGGGCAUUCAGGUGUUGGGAACAGGUAACCUCAUCAUCUCAGACGUGUCUCUGCAGCACUCAGGUGUGUACGUCUGCUCCGCCAACCGACCCGGAACCAGGAUGAGGAGAACUGCGUUGGGACGACUCGUGGUGCAAGCUCCUCCAGAGUUUCUGCAGUGGCCUCAGUCUGUGUCGAAGCCGGCGGGCAGCAGUGCCGUCUUCACCUGUCAAGCUCAAGGUGUUCCUGAUCCACACCUCAUCUGGCUGAAGAACGGCAAGAUCCUCACACCUGGAGACAACGUCAAACUCACCAACAACAACAGCACAUUGGCAGUGACGCGCAUCACGCCUGACGACGAGGCCAUCUACCAGUGCAUCGCGGAGAACAGCGCAGGAACCAACCAGGCCAGCGCUCGUCUCGCCGUCUCCCCGUCCGUCGAUCUCCCAGAAGCCCCACAGGACCUGACGGUCACGCCGCUCUCCACCACCUCCCUACGGGUCCGCUGGACGCAGCCGGAGCCGCACGUGACCGCCGGCAUCAUCGGAUACGUGCUGCACAUCCGCAAACUGGGCGAGCCAGACAGCAGCGAGCUUCAGGAAGCCGUGAGCAAAGACACAUUUCAGCACGACUUCACGAACCUGGAGGCCUCCACCACCUUCUCCAUCUACGUGAAAGCGUAUUCUCCAUUGGGAGCCAGUCAGCAGUCCAACAGCGUCAUCGCCACCACACUCGGGGCCGUUCCCACGAUGCCCAGUUUCUUCACGAAGGUUCUGAACAGCACAGCGAUGCAGGUGUUCUGGGAGCUUCCAGCUAAAGCCGGUCGAGUGGAAGGAUACAAACUCUCUCAUCGCAUGCUGCCGCAGCAAGAGUUCAGACAUGAGGAGCGAUUCCCCGCUCACAUCAACACACACACCAUCUCUAACCUCGAAUCAUCAGCGGUGUAUGAGAUUCAGCUCACGGCAUUUAACGGGAACGGCGACAGCAUCGGCAACAAGCGGCUCGUCUCGUUGGCUGAGACUGAAAAGAGCGGGAAAGAGGCAGCAGCAGGUGAGAGUGUGUGUAACUGUCGUCAGGACGGCGAGGGAUCCAUGACAGCUCUGGUGGUCGGGAUCCACAUCGGCAUGGCCUGCAUCAUAUUCUGUGCUCUCUUCCUGAUGUUCGGCUACCGGCACAGUUUCUUCUGUCAGAAGAGUUCUCAGGGCGACUGGAGUCUGUCAGCAGGACAGAGUGUUCCCCAGAGAGACGCCGCAGCUAAAGACGCCAGCAUCCGAGCAGCCGACGCUACCGAGCUCACGACACAGGCUGCUGCAGCGGAGCGUCCAGCGGCGGUUCCCCAGUGUCAGGUGAUGAUUGAACCUCAACCUGUCCACCCGCCAGACACGGGCACCGGCACUGAUACCGGCACCGGAUGAGGCACCUCUACCCCCCAACACCCCCCUUCAGCUGUACAGCAACUGUUUCUCUUUCACCAAAGCCUUACACUGAACUCAACUUACUCACACACACACGGAGCUCGUGAUCGACGUCAGUUUAGAACGACACGCUGCAUCCGUUCCAAACCUGAGUCACCUACAUAGACAACAUCCUAACCGUCAUGCAGCAUCACACGGGACUGAUUAGGAGUUUCACAUUUAGCAUAAAUACACACACAUACUGGGUAAAAUUCCAGCAGGUCUUGGGUUCGAUUCCCAGGGAAUGCAUGAAAUGAAAAACAAUGUAUAGCUUGAGUUCAUUAGAUAAAAGCAUUUGCCAAAUGCAUGAAUGUAAAGGAUGCACGUGAUGCUGUCUUAAAAUGAGAUCAAUAGACAUCUCAUAAGACGAUGCGUUCAGUGCUGUCUAUGUAGGUGACUCACUAGGGUUAGAACACAGCUCCAAAUUAAAUACUCAUUAGAGUUUCCAAACAAACCUUAAACUUGGUUAAUGUUACUAACGAAUAACAAACUGAACUUCAUCCUUAAACCAAAAACGCAUGUUUUAUGUGACUGAACAGAUGAAGAGUUAGUCUGUGUGUCGUGUGAUUGGACGUUAAUAAUUCACCGUAUUAGCCUGUGUGCAGCUGAAGCCCCGCCCUCUUCCCGUAAGCCCCUCCCACUCCACCAAAACUCCUUCCAAAGAGCCGUGCCUCCGUCUGACCGUCUGCCUGUCCUGCUGCUGCUGGGAAAAACACUCUACCUCAACCACACGCGUCUUCAAACGGGUCCUCUCGGAUCCGUCGGAACCUCUGGCAGCGGCGAGUUUGAGCUCUGCUGUGACUUUUGACGUUUUACAAGACUCUUUCUCAGAUUUUGUGAUACGAAGAAGCUUCUGUGAAAGUUGAGGGACGUCCAAAGAACUUCUGCUCUCUUUUCUUUCUUCACAGUGUUCCACAAACACACUGAUGUUUCCUUUCAGUCAUUUGUAAAGUUGUUUCCUAUACGGCAAAAAAUAUAUAUUUUGAAAUAUAUUUUAAAAUAUAUAUCAAAAUAUACAAAAAAAAAAUAUUUCUAAAAUAUUUUUCAAAAUUUAUACGUGAAUAUAUUUUGUCAAAAUAUUUUUUGGUCAUUUUUAAUACAUUAUAAGGAGUAUUUAAACAAAAACAAUAAAAUAAAAAAUACAUAUUACAAUAAGAAGUUUUGAUAAGCAUAAUUACAAGCUAUUCCAUCCAAAUUUUAUUGAACUUCACAGUUUACAACAUAUAUUUAAAAUAUAUUUUGGCCAGAAAAAUAUAUAUUUUUUGCCGUACGGUUAGUCUUCCUGGUUUUCUGUCAGUUGUGUUGGUGAUUAAACCAGAAAACUGACCAGCUGACCAUUAACCAAAGCUAAACACACUCAUUAGCUCGAGCUCAUAACAUGAUGAUGAUGAUGAUUACCUCAAAAACACAGAUUCUAUUCUAGAAAUUAUAACUAAUAAUAAUAACUAGCAGAUAUGGGAUAUAUUUUCAUAUGAUAUACCAGAAAAUAAGACCUGCUUCUUUGUAUGUGAUGUUGAAGCUGAACUUGCCAAAUAGCGGUUAGUGUUGAGACCAAAUACCUCGUAUUUCUUCUUCUAAAGCACAUGAAGGAAGCCGAAGCCAGUCUGAUGGUGUUCAUGUGUGUGUCUGUGUGCUUAACUAACUGGUUUAACACACUCUUCACUGUUUGAAUAGUUACCAAAAUAACAUGUUCUAGGAUUCACGUAAAAGUCUUUAAACCUUUCGGACUCUGAUGCUUGUUGAAACACAAACAAAACCAAAAUGUAAAAACUAAAAUAAAGCAACAAGAUUAGAAACCGAGGCCAAACUUUUAGACGAAACAAGUGGAGAAACGUCUGUUCUCUUGUAGAACUUUGAUUUAUUUUCCCACGAAUGAAAACUUCUUUUUCUGCUUGAUUUGGGAAAUAUUGCCAAAAUAGAUGUACGAUUGUUUUUUAAUGUUAUUCUUAUAUUGUAGCUGUUCUUUUCAUUCAUUUUAAUUAUUUUGCAAUUUUAUUUCUUCUUUUUCUGUAGAAUUAAAAUGUUAGAAGCUUGAGAGUUUGAAACAAGUAGAUUGUUGAUUGCAAAAAAGCCCCUCAUGUUUAUAUGAAUUUACAGUCAUUCCAGGUGUGAUUUUUAUCGCGUUAUUGUUGAAGAAAACACCUCAGACUCUGAAUUUGCUGCUUUAGGAUUGAAUGGACUCUUUUAUAUUCCAGAUGAAAUGUUCAUAUGUGACUGAUUGCUCAACAUGUCUAUUAUUUAGGAGAACUUGUCUAGAGUAGAUGCUGAUUUUAAAUGCUUGUACCAAUGAGAGAAGUGAUGCUUUAACCUUCAGGAUUGUUCUUUUCUCAGCACCAAACGCUCCUGUAGCUUUACCCUGCUGUUACUCUGGUACCGACAUUCAGCAGAUGAAACUUGCGAUACGAAAAGAAAAUGCAGCAGAUAUUGGUUUAUUCUCUGCUGUUCACCGUGAGUUUCUCAGCUGAAAUCUCGUUUUUCUUCCUUCAGUCGGUUGUAUUGAACCUCUGUGCCAAAUAA